AGGUGGAGAGCUGUCGAUUGGAGGUUGUGAACGCUUUGCGUGCUGGCCUAGAGGUUUAUAGCCCGUGAGCGGUGGAGAGUGAUUCCAUAUUCGAUGACGGGAUAGUAAGGGUCAAGGGAUAAGGGACAUCACUUACCAUCCUUGCGAGAAGAAGUAUGGAAGGUGGGUCAACAAUAAAAGGCAUUGACGCGGGUGCAUACUUUCCAAGGCGAAGGAGAAGAAGGAAUGCAAAUUCGAGAUCCCACUAUGGAAUCUGUGAAGGAAAUUCUUAUCAGUUUUGUAGCUUCAAGGCAUCGCGCUCUCUCCUAUUCCUCUGCGCUUUGGCAUUUCUUCCGCAUGCGAGCGCGUUUCGCACCACCUCCCCUUUUGCGACGCCCAUGAGCCGAGGAAGCGUUCGUAUCGACGGUGCGAACGGGGCGGAAGGAGAAGGAAGAGAAGCAAUGAUGGAAGAGGAGACGCUGGCAGCGCGGAAGGCACAAGAAUGGCUCCGUAUAGCCCGCUCGGAAGGUGGUCGUCUCAACCGUCGAUUGCCAUCCGCCCGGAUACGCACCUCCCCAUCACCUUCUCUCCCCUCCUUUCCAUUACCAGGCCCAGGAAGCUUGAGUCCUUCUUCGGCUUAUAAAGACAGAAUGGCAGGCUCCAAAAGCAGAGCCGUGGGCGGGAAAGCGACGAAUGGCAAAUCUGUGGGUGAGCACGACAAAGAGGUCCUUGAACGCUUGCGGCGGCGCAGGUACGUUGAAUGCUUUUCUUCU